GGCUUGAUGAAGGAGCUUUUACAAUAUCAGCACCCUUUCAUGCAGUAAAACACAGAAGGAACUGCUCUCACCCAUAGCGCGCUGAGUGAUAAAUACAAAAGCUCCAUAGCUAUAGCGUUUCAUCUUGUCGUUAGAAGAUACAGGAAGAACUACCAGCACCAGUGCCGGUUCCUAGUCAGCUCCUGUUCGUGUAAUACGUAAUAGGUUGCCAGCAGUGAUUUGCAAAGCAAGAAAAGAACACAUCCGCGACAGAACAGGAGCUUCCUCCAUCUUCCCGACUGCUGAAAAAUGCCUUCGAUAUUGGGGGAGCCCGAACUGGGCGAGACUCCGGUCGUCAAUGCGAAAAAGAAGAAGAGUAAGAAGAAAGUCGAGCCUCCCAAGCCGCACAUUGUUGUAGAGUACAAGGGGGAGAUAAACGAGGAUAGAGUCGAGCGAGUAGCAAACACCAUGGAUCAGCUACUGGUGCAACAACUACUUCACUCAUUGUUCAUGACCCGCCCCUUACUCUGACUGGAGUACCAAGAGACAGUUUGUUUGUCAUUGUUCAUUUUAUUUUAUUCCAGUUCUUUGAUUCUGUGAUCAUUGUAGUUUGUUCGUGAUCUUUAGCUUCCUGUCUCUUUUUCUUCCUAUACUGCCUGUUGGCCUUGUUCAAUCAGUUGAUGACGUUAGUAUCAUGAACGAUUCCUAAUCAUUCCAGAAAACUUCAACUUGUAGGAACAAUUUUCAUCUUGGAGCACCCGGUUUAUGAAUCCGAGUAUGGGUAUGAUUCGAAAACGAAAGCUCGAAAGUGAUAUUCUCCAGUGUAUCGAACGAAUGCGGGACUUGAUGUGGGAAACCGUACGAGGCGAUAAACGCGAGUUAGACUGCGUAUUUGGAGGUGCCUGCGUUCGUAUCGGUAAGGUCUACUACCAGAUGGAUUUGAUGGAGAGGAGCGACGAAGGUGGAACACCCGCAAAGGAAGAAAGCCCACGGACAAGCGAUGCUGUGGAAUCGCCGUCAGGCAUUAUGAAUCUGAUGAAAAGAAUAUGGAAACAAACAAUAAGGAAGAACAAGGUACUUAGAUGAAGAUGCGCCGUAGUUCUAAUUCGCUUGGUCACGUCUCACGAUUUUUUUGGUCGACGACAUAAGAACAAGAAGAUCACAUGGAACGACUGCGACCUCUAAUGUUCAAAGCAGCAACGAGGAAAGCGGUGGCUCAUCUUCAUCUACGGUGUUCAGGGCUUCUUCUAGUUCUACCUCAACAGGAUCCCCCUCCUUAGGCCGCACAUCAUCGGUUCCGUCUUGUGCGACGUUACUCGUGGAGCCACGGUGGAAGGACCUGCGCCAAGCCGCAUCCUCAGUGAAAGCGGUUCUCGAGUCAAUGGGACACUUCAAGCAAUGGCGGCCAGGACAGGAAGAGGAGGAUGAGGAAUCAAGUACAGACGAGGAAGACAUGACCGAAGACGAAAAGCAUGACCGAUGGCUACGUAAACUACUCAAAAUCAAGAACGGACCAGACGACAAGAAGAGAACACUUGACGACUUCAAGAAGAUUGAUGAAAUCACCAAAAUUGAAGACUGCCUUAAUCUCAAGGUAGCAGUACCACCACUAGUGCUCAUGAUAAAUGUUGCAAUUAUACUAUACACUCUCGUCCAAGUCCAUCUUGUUCAUCCUUGUAGCAGUAGCAUACAGGCUCUCUUCCAAUUCCAUAUUCAUCUUACAAGUAUAAUAGUAAGUGAUGUAUAUAUAUAUAAGACUAACUAACACUAGACUUAAAAGAUUUCUGAAAUUCCUUGGCGACGAGAUGUCCAUCACUACAGGUUGACACGAAGUAUCAAACGCGCGAUUGGAUGAUGUGGAUGGUGCAUCGUGUGCAUCUGAACGAUCCGACGUUGCAGGAGUUAUCCUUUGCUGGACAAAAAAUGCCACCGCCCGACAAAGAGUAUCGUGUCGCGCCGAAACUCGCCAAGGCUGUCGGCGGCAACUCGUAUCUCCAGAGACUCUACCUCCAAAACAGCACCCUGCAAAGCGGAGAAGCCGAUACACUGGCAGGGAGUUUGAGGGUAGUGUUGUAGCUUGACUGUAGUGAGAUGGUAAUUACUGUACUACAUGAAUUCGAUGAAAGCUAUAGGUAUAGCCAAGAAGUGAAGUGAAAAUUCCUCACGUCAGUACGAGAACGGCAUUCAUCCCAGACUUCUCUUUGAUUGCAUUGCGUGUUUCCCUCGUCCUCACAGAGCAAUUCUUCGCUGAAAGAGCUAAAUUUGGAGGGAAACUUCGUCGAUGUGAGCGCUUUAUCCGCACUCGCGGAUGCGCUGUUGGUCAAUGAUGGUCUUGAGGAGAUCCGAAUGAGCGGUCAGCGGAAUGAAUGCAUGUCGAAUCGCGGCAUGGGCCAGAAAUUCGAGGAAAUUCUAGGGCAAGCAAUGAUGAAAAACCAAAGUCUCAUCACUCUCGGAGUCGCGCUAUACAAUCCCACAUGGCGAGACGUGGUUGACCGCGCAUUGACGCGAAAUAACGACAGGAAAAAGCGAAUGGAGCGACGGAAGAAUGGAGUAUAGCUCACCUUCUUUUUCUUCAACAGCAUGAGUAUGAUUAACCGAAUUCAAUUCGCAAAUAGUUCUAACGUGUGAGUAAUAUGACUACUUGAAGAUGAAGAUUAUUUCUAUUUGCCUUUACCAUUACCCUCGGUGUCGGUAUGAAGAUUGUUGAAGCAGGUCUCCUGUGUAACAACAAGUUCUGCGAGCGUCAUGCUUAGCGGCGGCGCAGGUGUACCGCGCGAGACGACCUUAGAUGCCAUUGGCGAGUCCCCUUCCACGAAGGCAGAGGCCGCUGUAACGGUUAGCGGCGCACCAGUAGAGGAGGACGGGAAGUAUCGUGGUCCCUCAGUGAUGGCUUUUCGAGAAAGAAUCGAAGCCACUAAACGAGCAACGACGUUAGCUGGAGGCCCUGGAGCUGCUGGACGGAUGACGUCUGUGCCUACAUCAUCAUCUCCCGAAAGGGAGGUUUCUCGAGAUGCCCCUGCUCAAGUAGAUGAAUCGGAUAAGCAGCCGGUUUUGGAGGAAGAGGAGCAAGAAAUUGAGAUCAUCGAUCAAGGAAAUGACGAAAUCGGUGCUACAACAUCUGGAUCAGACUUUGUCAAAAAUCGUGAUUCCACAGCGUCCGAAGAGGCUUCAACAACAAUCGCAUCAGACGUUGCUGCCUCAAGCGGCUCUCCGAGUAACGACGAGGAAGGUGCAGAAAGCAAGCUUACAUCAACAUCUUCAGCUUCACCCAGAGGAGCAGAAACGACUAAAAAUGAGGACGAAACAUCUUCUUCACCAACACAGGAAGCCUCAGCAUCGAUUGUCCAGCCGCCACCACAGCAAAAGAUUAGCUGGCUAGUCACGACAGAAACGGGCGAAGGGCACAUCGCUUCCGCAACGCUCCCUAUUGCAGCCGAAGAAGGCGACGAGGAAGACCCGUCGGACAUUGGAGAUGACGCGGAGACACCGUCAGCGGCGGCGACAGAUCCAGUGAUACUGCCAGCUCCCGUUGAUGUUGAAUGAAGAAGAUAUGAGUGCUUCUCAACACUAACAAAUCGCUCAUCAUGGAUAUAGUGGGCGAUGAAGUACACUCUAUGCACAAGAACUUGUUGUGGUUGGUGCGGUACGCAUGGGCAUAAAGAUAAACAAGGAGAUCAAGAUUUUUUAUAUGUAACAGACCACUACCUUUACUAAAAGCUUGCUCGGAUAAAGGUUGAGUUAAUCUACGAAAAUUCUUAAGAAUACAAAAGAGCAACAUAUGGAUUAGACUACAACAACUAGUUGCUGGACAAUUAUUGAUCUAAAAAGUUUUGUUGCGCGGGCUCGCGCCGGAUUUUCCUUCCUGGUUGUCCUCAAAUAGUAUUAAGAUUCCAUUUCCAUUACAAUUGCGGUCCUAACAAAAUAAGUAGAAUUUUUAGUACUCGAGAAGCGCAAGACGUAGUGAAGGAGCUACUUCUAGCUACAAACAAGAUUCUAACGGAUGUAGUAAGUGUACAUGUAGUCUAUCCUCGCUAAACGCUAUGUCGCUUUCCCCAUCGACGGUAUGGGUCGACUCUCUGUUUUUGGAUUUAUUGGUUCCGUACCAUUAUACAUAUAUAAGGUUUUUGUCAGGUCAUCGUCAUGUGUUUCGACCGACUGUUUUCGUGUCAUAGUUUUGGCUGCGCUUAGAUUGUUUAGUCUGUUGAUAUUGACAGGUUUGCGUUUCAAUAUUAUUUAUCAUUUCUAGUCGCUUGUGUACGAAGUAGAGUUCGAUCGAUUCGUUCUUGGUGUUUUGGCAUGUUUAUAUAACCAUGAUCACUACGACUACUAGUUGGCUCCACCUUCACACAUUCAUAGCAAGAACAUGAGCUCGAUGUGGCUUUUCACUUCCUCAAUUUGAUUUCAUCAAGCUUCCUGGAUCGACCAGAGAUAAGAUUGUUUUUUUUUGUGUCAAUUUAUGUUUUUUAUUUGCAAUGUAGACGCACGAAGUUAUAGGGCUCGAUGGACGGAUUAUAGUGGACGCACCAUGGAAAAGACAUCACUCGAGAAACGCAUAGUAUCGAUAUUUCUACAAGCGCAUAUACGACGAAAUAUACUGAAAGCUACCACGUCGACGCAUCGGUUUAAAGAGCAAUCCUCGUAGAUGACAAAUUGAGUAAACCUUUUGAUUUGGAAAAGUUUUCACGACACCGAACCACUAGGAUAUUGGAGGAGCUGGGUGACGAUCUUUGUUCGUCAGCUGUGGCGUGC